GCUGAAUACGAACCAGUCUCACACCAUUGCCAUCACCUUGCCCUUGUGAAGGCAGAUAUGGAUAAAGUUUUCAAAGCUGAUAGAAAAUUGAAAGCACUCACAUCCUGUGACGAUGACCUCUUCAAACAAGGAGCUGAACCCACAGAAUUAUGUGACCAACAAAGCCUGAGCCUUUUGCUUCACAAUGCAGUCCAGAUCCCUCGGCAGCUGGGUGAGGUACCUUCAUUUGGAGGCAGCAACAUUGAACCAAGUGUCCGCAGUUGCUUCCAACAUGGCCAGAACAAACCAGAGAUUGAUGUUAAACACUUUGUAGAGUGGAUGAGAUUGGAGCCUCAGUCCAUGGUGUGGCUGCCUGUUCGACACCGUGUGGCAGCUGCUGAAACUGCAAAACAUCAGGCUAAGUGUAACAUCUGCAAAGAGUACCCACUCGUAGGUUUCAGGUGCCGCAGCCUCAAACACUGAAAUUAUGACAUCUGCCGAAGCUGUUUCUUUUCGGGACGCACAUCCAAGGGGCACAAGU